AUCAGAAGGCUAUUGUGCUUUAUUUGCAAUGUGGGAGUUAUGCCUUCCCCGACCCGCUCAGCACAUAUGUAGUAUUACACAUUCCCUUCCGUAGCAAAUGUGCCUCAAAGACAAUAAAUAAAUGCAAGAGAAGGGGGAGCCUUGAUCACAUGAGGAGGAGGAGCUACAGCUGGAUCCCAGGAGUUUCUGCAGAACAAGUCAGUGCAGGAAGUCGGAAUUGCAAAGAAACAAUUAUUACAUCUCCCUAAACCAGGGCUUUCUGGUCCAGUAACAUCCAUGGUCCGGAAAAACAACGGAUGUUCCCAGAAGCUGCCUGAAUGGAUCUUCAUUAAAACAGCACCAUAACAAGAAGCACUUUCAGACCCAAAAUGAACAACUGGAGGGCAAAUAACAGCUCUGUCAAUAACAGUGGCACAGACCUCACUAUCGGCUUUACCUCUUCUGCGAUUGCUGUCUUUUUAUUUGGGACAAACUUUGUACCUGUUAAGAAAUUUGAUACUGGAGAUGGAAUGUUCUUCCAAUGGAUUCUCUGUGCUGCGAUAUGGAUAGUAUCGUUGGUGGUGAACCUUAUUCGGAAUAGCCCUAGGUUUUGGCCUCUUGCUAUGGUUGGGGGUUGUGUAUGGGCUACAGGUAACAUUACAGUUGUCCCUAUUGUCAAAACCAUUGGUUUAGGUCUUGGGCUCUUAAUCUGGGCUUCUUUUAAUUUACUAACUGGCUGGGCAAGCUCAAGAUUCGGCUGGUUUGGAAUUGACCCAGAAGAGGUAUCAAAACCCAUCUUAAAUUAUAUCGGAGCUGGACUUUCAGUGUUAAGCACUAUCAUAUUUCUUUUUGUAAAAAGUGAAGUUCAAAGCUCUUCAGUUUCAUCAGAAGCCACCCCAUUACUGAAUGAGAGUUCAGUCAACAAUUCUGAAAAUACUUAUUCUGAUGCUUCAUGGGUGGACAGUCUUUCUCCAGUACGAAAAAGAGUAAUAGGUUGUACCCUAGCAGUAGUAGCUGGAAUAUUCUAUGGUUCCAGUUUUGUGCCAGUGCUCUACAUCAAGGACCAUGGUAGAAGAAAUGGGACAUUAUACACUGGAGCAAGUCAAUUUGAUUUAGACUAUGUUUUUGCACACUUCAGUGGAAUCUUUCUUACAAGCACCAUAUACUUUUUGAUUUACUGUGCAGUCAUGAAAAAUAAACCUAAAGUUUACCCUGAAGUCAUAAUGCCAGGGUUUGUUUCUGGUGUACUUUGGGCAAUAGCGAAUUGUUGCUGGUUCCUAGCUAAUCGCUACCUCAGUGCAGUGGUCAGCUUUCCAAUAAUCACUGCUGGUCCUGGUUUUAUAGCUGCUAUGUGGGGAGUCCUGGUAUUUAACGAAAUAAAAGGACUGAAAAACUACCUAUUACUCUCCAUAGCAUUUUGUGUCAUUUUGGCUGGAUCACUCUCCACAGCAUUUUCUAAAAUUUGAAAGGAUUGCCUGGACCAGCAGAUGGUGCUACUAGUUAAUAAAAAUACUGUAAGAAGAUGUAUCUCUGGCAUUUUAUCUAUUAAACUGAUUAAUAGAUCUUCACUCUUGCAAGAAACAGGCAAAUAUUCCUAAUUCCAAUUAUUUUCUGACAACAGAGAAAAUUCAUCAUAGUUGUUCUACAUCUGAAACAAAGAAUAAUGUGGAAUAUUUCCAAGAAAAUAUAUUGGAAGAUACCAGUGUUGUCUUUCUGGAUGAUUGUAGAGCAAAAACUGGAUUCUAAGGGUUUCAAAUAAUUGUAUAGUCUAUUGGUCUACAAGUCAUUGAAUCAAGAUAAGUUUUAAUUCAACUUUACGAGUUGGAGGAUGAAGGGAAUGUUAAAUCUAGGUUUUAAAUAUUUUAUUUCUUUUUGCAUGAUAGAAAACUUGUUUUAAUAUAUUUUAUGUUCUGAUUUAUUCGUGUUGCUAUGCAAAACAACUUGUCAACAAAGUAAUCAUAACAUUACUGGGGGAAGGUUUGUUGUAGGAAAAGGGAUUGUUUUGUAUUUUUAAGUCCUCAUCUAUUAAAGUUUCAGUUUAUACAAAAAUUGUAUCAUCCAUUCGCUCUACAAUUUUGAAUAUAAAAACAUUUUUGUUGUUGUUGAAAUAGUCAGCAACAUUUGUUGAAGAUAAUCUUGUUCUGGUUGACUGAAAUAAGUUGUUUACAGUUCCAUUAAAAUUAUGCUGCUAUAAGUACCUUGGGCAUCAUUCUUAGAACAUUAUGUUAUGAAAUCUACUCAGUUGAAGUGUGCAGAACUAUGCAAACAAUUAAUUCUGUAACUGGAGAAAUGCCUUCACUGUAAGAAAUGUAAGAUUGUUGUCAAAUUAAUAUACUGUUAAAUGUUUGCUGAUAAGCCCUAUUAUUGUGCAUUUUCUCAAAUGUUGUGGAUGUCACAGGAACAUUUUUGUAAGUAGUUAUACUAAAAUUUCACAAUAUUUUCUAUAUUGUCGAACAGGUUUUGCCGAAGAGCAAAUUGCAUGUGAUGUGUCACAAUCUGAAUUGCAUGUUCAGUUUCAAAAUAGAGUGAAAAUCCCCCCCCCCCCAC